GUACACAGUAGCCUUCAAGGUACUCGCAGCUUCAUCCAACUUUUCACCAUCCAUGAUAUUUUAUUGUAUUGCCUUAUCAUCUCGGAACGAUCUGCAAUCCAGUGUUCAUGCAUCGAAGGUCAAGUUCAUGCGUGUCAAUCACGAGUUUCACCGCCCAUUUACCCCUGUUUCCCAGUCCUCGUGGUCUGACGCAAGAUAGGCGGUGAGGCAAGGAAGAUCACUAUCCCGGGCGCCUUGGUACCUUAUACGAUUCGAUCGAUACCUCACAGGCCUGUCGAUGACUUGCGUUCACGGCCCGAAGCGAGAUCGACUGCCACCACCGCUCCAUACUCCUGGGACUUUCAUCAGAUCUCCCUGCUCCCAUUGACCUUGCUGAACUUUGAUGGAACUUCAACCAUUUAAAUUAUUAUGAUCUUGUUCGUCAUCCUCGUCGACCUGCAGCAUGGUUUUGAAAAAUAUGCCAACACCGAAGUAUCUCUGGUCCAACACCGCCUUCACCGACUUUCCGGGUCUCACUCCUGCACAAAUUUGCGUGCUUCAAACCAACUCCCUGCGACCAACUUACAAAUAACGGGCAGUGCGGCCCUCAAAACUAUCAUCCGCAGAGGACGCAAAAGUAGUGACAACGCUAUUCUCCUAGAACCCAGUCCAAGAACGGCCGUCUUUCAUCAGAGCCAAUCCAUGGGUCAGAACCCCCACCAUAUUGGUCACAUGGCCACCGAACCCGAAGAUGCAGACUUCGCGCCAGCUUCAAACUGGGUUCGACUCGUUCCUGCGUCCUGCUGUGUGAUGUAGCACAGAUCGACUUCUGCAACCAAAAUCGUGCGAUGCGAGUCAUCCUGAGAACUUGUUGGCGCUGGUCUGGAUUGUCGCGGGAUGGACUACUUGCAGCACGAAGUUGAUCGGCUGUAGCAUCCCGACUGGCUGGGUCUCAAAGACCAACUUCUGCUGCCGACAAAUAGCGGUUCUCGAAAGCGUUGCCAUGGUGGACAACCCUCCUUGGCGAUCAUUUCACCGUGACCGGUUGCAGUGUUGCAGUCUCUCGCUUUUUGCCACCGCUUGCCUUUCUCCUUCAGGACUGAUUUUCCUUGAGUUGCAUGGCUCUCGAAAUCUUCAACCCUUGCGAUUGGACGGUAG